GCAGCACGAGUUUUCGGACGGCAGCGUCACGAGAUAGGUCUCCUUGUUGGCUGCUCUGUUUUUUCCUCGGUGUUUUCUUUGUCGCGCUGUGUGUCGUCUCUUCUCUCCCCUCGGCACAGAGAGAUCGCGCGCGCACUAUUAAGACAUCUCGUAUUUUCGCGUGUGCGUGUAUCGCGGGAGUAUUUCGACACUUAUAUUUCCCGUCUUCUUCUGCCGCUCCAAGAUACCGUGAUACAGUGUAUGACUCCUCCGACACCCUCAUGGUCGGUGACCAUCUCGGACACCUGUAUGAAUUAAAGUCGGAUGGCUGUUCGCACGAGACUCGUGCGCAGGAGCGCGUUGAAGCACGGAAAACGCAACAGCGAUGACGCUACCAGUUUCCAGCUAUGAGGAACUUCUCAUCCAAGUGCGCGAGCUCACACACGAGACGAUCCUCCUGCAACGCCAAUUGUCCUCCGACCUCUUCGACAACGCCGAUCCGCCGGACGUGAAUCACAACUUCUCCUUCGUGCAGAAGAACUAUGAGAAAGGAAAGCUCCUGACGGAUAACGUGGAACGGCAGUGCGACAAGACUCGGGAAUACGAGACAGGACAGGAUCCUCUCGCCGAAUGCAACGAUUCGAGAUUCCGCCCUCGAUACUGUCACGACUUGGAAUUCUCCGAGAGCGCACGAUCGGGCGAGCUGACCAGUCGACUUUUGGCUUGGCGAAGUCGCGACCGCUAUCCGGUAGUAUUUCAGGAAAACGCGGAAGCCUGCCGGGACAGAUCGCGCGCGACGGAGGGCCGCGUGCUGUACGGCUCGGCGGCGAGCGUCGGGGUGGAAGGCGUCGCCGCCGCCGCCGCCGCCGCCGCCGCCGCCGCCGCCGCCGCCGCCACCACCACCACCGCCGCCACCACCACCAUCACCACCACUGCGUGGGGUGGCCAGAGACGGAAGGGUACCUCGUCGUCACCGCCACCGCCGUCGCCGCCCCUGAGCAGUGUCGCGGUAUCGCGCAGGCUGGAGUCGGCCGCUGACGCCGCAGCGUCGUUCAACCCUGUCAUCGUCGCCGUCGCCGCCACGCAAAGAUGCGCCGCGAUUGCGAAAAGCACCGUCGUCGAUGCCGCCGCCGCCGCCACCGCGCCGAGAUCGCUGCGGAUUUACCCGACCUGUGCCGUUGCAUCUGAGAUCAACAAGGAGAAUGCGAUGGAGCCGGAGACGAAGGAGGAGGACGAGCGACGCUCGUCGACGCCGAGUCCUGAGUUUUACAUAAGGAGAAGUAAGCGUUACAACGAGGAUGGUAGCAGCGAGGAGGAGAUUAAGCACGACACUUCGUUGCCUAGUAGCCACAGGCUGCCGUCUUCGUAUCGUGGCACAUGGCCCAUCAGAAGAGACGUAUGGGCUAAUCAGCAGAUUGGUUUUCCGGCCCAGCAGAGCACAUCACUCGCUGCACACAAUGAUGUGGCGAGCGUAAUGAGCUUCUCAUCGAACUCCGCCGGUCUCGAAUGCAACUCUGCUGAAUCGCAAGGUCAUCGACGACUAGGCGCCAAGGUGGACGUGGUGUACAAUUUGUUGGGUAUGUUGGAGAAGAAUGGCCGAGAAGACAUGAGCACCACGCUGCUCUCCAUGAGCACCUCCAUAGACAGCUGUCUAGUGAUGAGGCAGUCUGGAUGCCUGCCGCUGCUGGUUCAGCUGAUCCAUGCACCCGGACAAGAUCCUGAUACCCGCGAUCGGGCUAUGCAGGCGCUACACAACGUGAUACACGCCAAGAGCGAUGAAAGAGCCGGUCGCCGAGAGGCACGAGUGCUCCGCUUCUUAGAACAGCUGCGAGACUAUUGUCAGACCCUGAGGAUAUCCCUGGAAAGAGGUCAGUCUACGGACGAUCUGGAGAGACAUCCAGCGGCAACGAUAGCCGCCCUCAUGAAACUCUCCUUCGACGAAGCGCAUCGUCACGCCAUGUGCCAAUUGGGUGGCCUCCACGCGGUCGCGGAACUCAUCGAAAUGGAUCACCUGGCUCACGGUAGCGAGUGCGAUGACCAGAACUGCAUCACGUUACGGCGCUACGCGGGAAUGGCGUUGACUAAUCUGACCUUUGGCGACGGCAACAACAAGGCCUUGCUCUGUUCCUUUAAGGAAUUUAUGAAAGCCCUCGUGUCACAACUGAGGAGUCCCAGCGAUGAUCUUAGACAGGUGACGGCGAGUGUCUUGCGAAACUUGUCCUGGCGCGCCGACAGCAGCAGCAAGCAGACCCUGAGGGAAGUAGGAGCAGUCACGGGUCUGAUGAGAGCCGCCAUGGAAGGCCGCAAGGAGUCUACUCUCAAAUCGAUACUAUCCGCUCUGUGGAAUCUUUCGGCGCACUGUAGCACGAAUAAAGUGGACAUUUGCGCCGUGGACGGUGCGCUGGCAUUCCUCGUGGAUAUGCUGAGCUACAAGGCACCGUCCAAGACGCUUGCGAUAGUCGAAAACGCCGGCGGUAUACUGAGAAACGUGUCGAGUCAUGUGGCGGUCCGAGAGGACUACAGAACCAUCGUGAGGGAGAGAGGCUGUCUGCAAGUUCUUCUGCAGCAACUCAGAUCGCCUAGCUUAACGGUGGUCAGCAAUGCUUGCGGGGCGCUUUGGAAUUUAUCGGCGAGAUGUCCGCAAGAUCAACGUCUUCUCUGGGACUUGGGUGCUGUGCCAAUGUUGCGCAGUCUCGUCCACUCAAAGCACAAAAUGAUCUCCAUGGGUUCGAGCGCAGCCUUGAAGAACUUGCUGAGCGCUAGGCCGGGCUGCAACAAUCUCGUUCACCUGGACUCCACCGCUCGCGGACUCGGACUGUCAACCCUACCGAGUCUGGUCGCACGCAGGCAGAGAGCCCUGGAGCAGGAGAUAGACCAGAAUCUAGCUGAGACGUGCGACAACAUCGAACCGAGCACGUCGCCGACCAACAAGGAUGACAAGUUUACGUUCAAGCUCGAUCAUAGCUUCCUCGGUAUCAACGCCCACGGUUUACGCUCUUAUCAACUGCACAAUCAACCCAGCACAUCGAGCGCAGCAGCCUGCAGCAGCAGUAAGUGCAACGGAGUUGCUAGGAGCGAGAGUAGAGACUCUAUGCGUUCCGUCACCAGCACGCACUCCGACACCAUGUUCGAAAGGGUAAAUCGUCAUGUUAUGAACGGCAUGACGUCCACCGAUUCGCAAAUCAAACAGCAAUCCUCGUCGUUGCACUCUGCUGUCGGUUUCGACAACGUCGGUGCGCCCAGCGACGGUCACGCGAAAGCCACCCUAUCCGAGAGGAAGUACACGUUGCGUUACAAGAACGCUAUACCCGAACGUCUCAGGCCGCCCGACGGUUGUUUCGUCGACGUGAACGAGUUGAGAUGCACCAACUCCACCAUAUCGUGGACUACGACGUCCAAUCAAGAGCCCUCUCAGAUCUCGUUACAUUCUUCCAUCGAGAACAACAUGUCGCCGAUCGAUCAUAGCGUAUCGUCCUCGUCCAAAGCAGGCAGCCAGUCCAGCGUCUCCGAGGAAGCUGAAGCGACCGUUUGCGCAAAGUCGGAUUACCGACGAACGAUGGCGGCCGUCGAUACCUCGAAACCAACCUCCUAUUUGCCUGAAGCUUCUUCCACGAAAGAGAGUGCGAGUUUCGAUAACGUCUACGCGGAAAAAACACUUUUACACCAACACGAAACACUGAAUAGCAUGCAGAAGACCAUACCGUCCACGAUCGGUCCGAACGCCACCUUAUUUGGCGAUUACGCUGAAACUGAUUUGGAUCAACCGACUGACUACAGUUUGCGUUAUGGCGAGCAAACUGUAGACGACGAGAAACAACACUCGGGAUUCUUCUCGGGCAACGAUCAAGGACUUCUGCACGAGGACACGGUCAGAACUUACUACACCGAAGGUACGCCGCGCGAGACAUCCUUGAACUCGUCCAGGGCCACUUCCGCGUCCGAUCUCCAGGACGAUAGUCGUAUAAGGAGCUCGAAAAGGUUACCGGAGCGGUACAAUAAGGCAAGGAAUGCCGAGGAACAUGAUGAAUGCCAAGUGUCGUCCUUGACGGACGUGUCGAAAGUGAACGACUUUGUCGAGUCGGAAGUGGAGUUGAAUUUACGAGGCGCAACGCAUCUCACCGACGACGAAAGCGGAAACCAUUCAUUGCCAUAUCUUGAAGGGGACUUGGACAAGCAAGUUGAACAUACUCGAGUGGAUACAACCGUUCAAAGCCACUCGAGUGUAAGGACGACACCGAUUUCGAUGGUGUUAGGAACUUCCGAAUAUAAUGAUGAUCACGACGGGGAAUCCAGUUCCAGAAUCAUUAAUCUAAACGCAAAAGCGGUAUUUGAGUCGCAAGCUAUACUAGCAAACAGUUGCAAAGUAAAUGACUUGCCACCGAAUAACGUUGAAUUUCCAUCCGACGGCACUAAUUUAAAGACCUCCAAUAAUGAUUCAGGAUAUCAAGUCAGUGACGGAGACGAGGAUGACGAGGAUUUACUUGCCGCUUGUAUUAAUAUUGGAAUGCAAAAUAAUAGGCAUAGACAUUCCUUCAUUGGAAAUAACCUCGAAAAGCUACCUCGAUCAGAAAGUAAUUUGACUCGAUACCAAACUAGUCUUGCCUUAGAUCAAGUCGAAUAUAAUGAAACCAUUGAAUCUGAUAGUCCGUCGUUUAAUAUAAAAUACACGAAGGCACAUGGAAUAACCGAGGUUGGAACUGCAGAGCAAUGUAAAAAUAUUUUAUCUGAAAAAACCAGAGAAGAAAAACGGGACAACAAUGUGUCAUGGCAAAGUGACGAACGGUGUGAAAAGAACAUUCGACUAGAAACGGACACAGUAAUGACAACAAACGCAAAUAAGGGAUAUAUGCGUCAUACUGAGGAAUCAAAUAACGCCUGGGCAUUGACGACGGUAGAUGAUAAUAGCCUCGAUAAUAAUUUGUUAGACAGAGAAGUGCCUGUAUUACAAAGAUUUGAACUAUCCUCGGGCACAAAUGCAACGUCCAAUGACUUCUCGAACGGUGAUACAAGCCAAAAGGUAUCAGUUAUACCAGCAGAUGAAACAACAGCCCACGAUCAGAUGACAAACAACCCGUCGAUGAAACAGUCCUUCACGAAAGAUUCCGAAAGCAGCGAAUCAAUCGAUUCUGUCGAACAGUCUGAGCAUGCCCUUCUGGAACUGUGUAUCCAACCGGGCAUCAAGUCCGAAAGUAACAUCGCUAUUAACGAGAGAAAUACAGAUUACGCUGAACCGCCACUCGACUCGUACAGCAAACAAAUAGACUUUAUAAAAGGAAAUAACGUUACAGAGGAAAUAUGCGAGACCGAUGGUAACGUGAGUUGCAAGCAAGAAGCGGCAAGUUUCGAGAUCGUGAGGACGUCGGAUAUUCUGCACCGUGACAGCGCAGAGAAGCAUAUAAAAGAAGAGACAUACAGACGGCAAAGAGAUCCUGACGCAAUGAUCGCGUCGUUAGAUCGGCUGACGGCGACCCUGGUGCAACAGACGGAGGCGAUGCGCGAGCGAGACUCCAACACGAUGAAGCAAAGCCUGACUCAGAGUGACACCUGGAACGAAGAUUCUCCCAACGACGUUUCCUUUCCCAGCAUCAGCAUGAGCGCGCCGCUGGUCGCCUCGUUUAACAGCGACGCGCAAGAAGAUCAACGCACCAACAUGUCGGAGAACACGCAAGUGGAAAACAGCGAGCAGACGAGCAUGACUGAGUCAAAGAUCAUUCAGCGCGAAGCCAUCAAACUGGCAGAAGCAGUGGACGCCGAGGCGAACAACCAAAACGAUUUCGAAACUACGAGUCUAACAUCGAUUGACCUCGAGGCAAUCAAACCUCCGUCUUCAAUGGGUAGCUUAUUGUCGUUGACCGCUAGCUACGCCGGUUCCGCCGACACCAGUGAAGCGUUUAUCGGAAAUCGAGAUCGAUGUUACUCCACGUCAUUACCGCCGGCACAAGUCAGAAAUUCGUCCGUAUCUACCGAUCCGCGGAACGUGCGAAAGAAAUCCUUGCCGCUCGGCGUGGUAGCAAAGCGGGCGCUCGGUCAAGGUGCUCAGAGUCACACCACUAGUCUGGAGAAUCUGUUGAACGAAUGCACCAGCUCACAUCUGGAGAACGUCAAGCCGCCAUCCAUGAUGGACGAAUUGCCGGAUGUGGGUGAUAUGGAGAAUAGUAUGCUGAGCGUAGCCAGCAUCACGUCGGAGAUCGCGGAUUCGCGUGAACAGGACUCGCAUAGUCUGACUGGCAGUGAUCCGGUGGUAUUCGAGAUGCUAAAGCCGGUGGCCAACGUGCUUUCCAUAACGUGCAUGCGUUACACCGGUGAGGGCAUGCAGAGCAGCGCGAGCAACAGUCUGAGCGAGUGUCUGGAGAACAUCAAUCCGCCGUCGUUGUUCAACGAGGUGAGCGAGAUGGACGAGUCCACAGUCGAAGCUACCACCGACACACUCUGUAGCGAUACCUUAUGCAUCGACACGGAGUUGCAUACCGACGAGAUGGCUGUGCACUCGAUCGUAGCGGAGGUAAUUGACGAGGCGGAGAACGACACCGACGAGGGAGCCACGCCGAUCUCGUCCGAAUGUUGCGUCAGUAGUUCGGCCGAGUCGACACCGAAGAAGCGGCUCUACAAAAGCUACCUGACGCCGAAGCAGAAGCGCAACUUAACGAAGGAUAGAUACAGGACGUACACUAUCGCCGCGGAGAUCGUAAAAAAGGAAGAGGAACGCCGGAAACAGGAGGGUGCCGGCGGUGAAAGAGAUAAAAUUCCGCGCGGCAAGUGCUCUCCCUUCUCGAAGCUGACGCCCAAGCAACGUCGACAAGAGGACAGAGCAAGAUUCCAGACGCAAGUGCUGGAAAAUCCUUUCCCAGAUCUGAACGUGGCGCAAACCAACAAGGAGGAAGUGCAACAAGUAUUCAAUCCCGCCGAGAAACAGGAAGUCUUAUCUCCCACGAAAUCGUCGAUUCCGACGCUCACAAAGUUGCCCGUAUGCAGGGCGUUGCGGAAGAAGCGCGGGGAUUCCCAGGAGAGCAAAGAAAGAUAUCGCACGAGAACGUUAAACGAUUCGGAAACCGUGUUCAAGGAGAUGGAAUGCAAUCCCGUCUCGAACACCAACGCGACGGACGAAGAGCGAGCGGACGCGCAAGGAUACGCACGCGAGGAAAUUCAGAGCAUGUUGCAACGGAACGCCAGCAUCGUACUGAACACCCUGAACGAAUCGAGCAAAGCGAACAACUCUGUCGCGGAAGAAAUUUUGCGUUGCGAGACUGUCACGUUGGCAUCGAAUGAACCCGAAUCGGAUCGGAACCUGAGGAUGCGCUUCGUAAACGGACUCUCCAAGAAACUGAUAGGCAAUCAACAGGUCGAUGACACGCAAACACCUACAAUGAAUGUCGACGACGAAGAGAUGCGCUGCGGAAACGCAGAGUUCGUACAGGAGGAUCUGGAUUUUGCAGAUCCAGUUGAGUCGGACAGCGAUGAAGAGUCCAACGAAGAGGAACAGGAGCCAAGGGAAACGAAGAGGCCACGGAUAAUUAAGCCAGGUGCGUCAGGUCGAGAUGCGAGUGCGGAUUCCAACGCGACGGACAAGUCUGAGCCAGGAAGCCCGAAGGCAAUUCGAGGGCGAAGAAAGGCACUCUACUCGAAUCCGAUCACGCGAAAGCCGACUCCGCAAUCUUCGCCGUUGAAGCAAGUGAAUCCGGUAAGUGGAAUACCUAUUGGUCGCAGCAACACCUCGCCCAUCGUUAGAACUACCCGAGCCACCACCUUGAGACAGAGCAACAACAGCACAACUGUCGCUGCGAAAGACUCCUCGAAGAUGACUCCACCUUCUGCAGAUACGGAGAAGAGGACGCGAAACACAACAGUCAUGUCCAAGAGAGCGUCCGUGCCUCAGAAAGGAUCUUCAUUGACUUUCACCAAGUCCACCAAGCGCCACAGUACACCUCCGGCAUGCUCGUCGAACUUCCAAAGCGACGGUAAAUUGCCGGAGGUCCCGGUCAAACCGUUGGAACGCCAAGGUACUUUCACCAAGGACGAGCCGGAAGUAGAGAACGCGCCGACGGUGCACUCCGCAUCCGCCUCGCCGGUGAAAACGAAGAUUGCAAAACCGAUCAGAGGCGCUUCGUCAAAGGUAUAUCCGGCGGUGGGGAAGUCUAAGAUUUCCGUCAAGACGCAUCAAACAUACCAGCCGAAAAUUACAAAGGUCAACAGCGCUGAAAAGGUACAAUCUCCAAAAGGACUGCCGUUAAUGAUGGCGCCGAAGAAAAUAUCCUCCGGGAAAAUAGUCGCGCCGGCGAAAGCAGUUCUCAACGGCAACGCGAACGUGACACAGAAUGAUAACACGAAAACCUUUCGCAAGGUGGGUCCUCUCGGGCAACGGUCCAACAGCAACUCCAGCAUAGUCUCCAACGCGUCAGCGGGUGUGCAAAAUCGCGCUAAACUGGCGAAGGAAGCGACCAGCAAGAUCGCGGGUCUCUGGAAGAAAGUCGAGGAGAGCAAGAACAAGCAGCGUUUCGAGAAGCCGGACACCAGGCAGUGGAUCAGACCAGCUAAUAGUGCGACCGAGGUGGACGUCUCACCUGUCGCGUGCAAUCAACCGCAGGCGUUCCGAUUGUUCCGUAGCUCCACGUUCGAGGGUAUCUCUCAGGACGACAGCGGCGGUGAAACGUCACCCUACAAGUCCAAAUCCAAGCGACCGCCGGUAUUGGGCUGUCAGGCACCUGCUGGUGGCAUCAAAUACAGAAAUUCGUGCGACUUGACCGGUAUGAACGCCAACGAGGCGCCCUGCAAGAUUCCAGUAAAGUCGUCCGAAUCGUGUAAGAGGGAGGCCACGCAAUUGGUCGACACCCUGGUGACGCUGAGGAAACAGCAAAACGCCGCCGAUUUUGGAGCGGAAGGUACGGACCCCAGCAAGAGGAUAUCGAGGCUUGGCUCAUUCAUUCGAGUGGAUUCGACAGCGGAGAACGGGAGCAGCGGUAUACGAACGCCCGCUUCGGCGAUUGUGCCGCCCUUCAACUACAAUCCGAGACCAGACAUUCCAUCGCAGACACAGAUCGGAGCUAGGUCGACGGACGAAGCUCAGGGCAAAUUCGAAGCGUCGGAUUGCCGCGCGGAGAUAGUUACCGGGUCCGCCAGGGUAACGACGGUGUAAGAAAGAAGACGAGUUCUUGACGAAAUAAGUUCCGUUAAUAUCGCCUCCUCUUCGUUCCCAGGCUAGUCAUUGUACAUUCGCUUGCUAUAUAUGUUUGCCCAUAGACACAUCACAUACAUACACACGCGCGUACAUACACAUACACUCGAUACACAUACACACAUUAAUGAUAUGUGAUACGCAUUACAAGUAGGUAAUUUAAUCGUUUCUCUCUUCUGUCUCGUUGUACGAUACGCGUCGAAACGCGUGUAGUUAUUUCGUCUCUCGACAUUUUAUUCGAAAUAUAAAGGAUACCCACGCAUUGGUAUACAUCAGUGCUCAGAAUUACUUGCAAUUUCGAGGCGACUUUCGAGGAAUACUUCUAUUUUUUUCCUCUCCCUUCCGCUCACCCGUUGAACUUGCGAUUGGACGAUCGCUGCACUCAGCCUCAUGAUCGUUGGCUUCAUAAAACUUGCGGGAUUCUUUCUAAUUUGUGAAACUAGUCCUCUAUGCUUAUUUUUGUAUAUAACAUACGUUUCUAUCAACACUAUCAACAUAUGUAUAUUACAUAUGUAUAUUACUGUAGUUAUAACGACAGAAUACUAGUUUCGGCAAAAACUUUUCCAAAAUUAGGAGAAUCCCAUAGGUCUUGUGAAGUUCACGGAUCUGAGGUAGAGCGCAACGACCGUCCAAUCGUACGCUCGACGGGUGAGUGAAAGAGGUAAGAGAAAAAAGGUAGAAUUAAUUCUCAAAAAACGCCUAAAAAAUCAGGGAAUUCCGCGCAAGCACUGGUAUACGUAUAAUAUCCAUAAUAUCGUGUACGCGUCGCGACGCCAACUUCUUCAGUAACUUCGGCAGGAGAAGAGAAAACCGUAUCAGCGGAAAAUUCGCCUGAAGACCAUUCCUUGUCCACUUUGUCUGUUGUAUAUAUACAUGAUAUAAGGUAAUACCGAUACAAUGAAGCGGAGAAGUCGAAAAUCCAUAAGUAGCGGCGUAGCGAUGAUUCUGAUCGGUUAUUUAUUCAAUUUUGUAUAUAUAAGGUAUCUCCCGAGGACACGUGAGUGAGGAAUGUAGAAAGUUUUAGUAGUACGUGUUUUAAAACCUAUGUACGAUGUGUAAUACACACAUACACCGCGAUACAUGACGAUGCAACGCUGUAUACAUCUUCGUACUCGAAGAAGAGAAGGAAAAGAGAAGAUUGGGGAAAGGACGCGGCGAUCCUGCAAUUUUGUUUCUAUCGUAACCGAUUCGAUAGCCUUUCCUCCCCCAUCCUUACCCCCUGAAAAUGCGGAUACAAAGUCCAAUUACUUUUCGAAAGACUGAUAAGAAGUAAGGCGAUGAAGAGAUCUGGAAAAAAAAGCUCGAGCAUCCUUGACGUCGACCGUGAAAGUUAUAAUCGUAAACGAGGUAGUACCGUUUGUAUUCGACUGUGAGUGUAGCGGUCUAAGUAGUUCGCUGAAACACGGCAUUACGAAGUAACGUGACGAAAGAUUUUAUAAGCAUUACCUUAAGUUUCUCUAGUCUACAGACGACGUACCCUCUUACUUUCGUCGCACGCCAAUUCAUUUUGCUUUGUGAAUGGUGUCCAUCAAAUCGAAUCUGUUACUCCUUCAGAGAUAAAUAUGUUUAAAAAAGUGUACAGAUCAAUUGAUUCAGAAGUUUUCAAAUCAAAAUGUUACAUUUACAUUUAAUCAUUCGAUGUCACUUUGUCUUUCGUUAGAGAGUCGUUCGCAAACAUACAAUCGCGCGAACUUUCUUAUAUAUUAUUUUUCUUUUUUGACUUAAUUUCGUGUCUAUUUUCCUUCCGUGGGAAUCGAGUCAUUAUCGAGUUCUCUCACAGGAAGGAGAUCGCUUGGCACGGAGCGGAAUCUGUUAUGUUUAAUUUAGUUUGAGGAUUUCUCGGUAUAAGUAGUUUUAUACCCUGUUCCAGUUCGAGUUAAUUAGAUUUAACCCUGUCAACUUGGAACACAAUCACAGGGUAUCUUUGCGUUGUUCGUCGAGAAACAGAAUUUGGUCUGUACACCAAGACUAUUUUUGUAACUCUUCUUCUCCUUUACCGUCAUUUCUACCAUACAACUUUAGGUUUUAAGAAUAAUUUUUGUUAGAUUUCGCGCUUUAAAUUUGCCAAGUAUCUCUUAUAGUUCGUACGUUAUUAUACUUGCAGUACAAUAAAAUUUAUAGCUGAAAAUGCUUUCUCUUUAUCUAAACUCUCGAAUCGAGUAUGUCAUCAGUAUACUUGCGACUGCUGAACAGAAUAAAUGGUAUGGUAGAUAUAAAAUAUUUAUUCACCUUUUUGUACACACACAUACUCACACUGCGACACAUUUACUUAUUUUACAUUGGACAUGCAUACAAAUUGAUAGAUUUAUCUUCGGACACUGACGCGAUUACGUUAUUCCUUUGUGGAUUAUAUUUUACCGCCCAUACCUUUUAUUAAGAAAAUUUAAUUAGUUGAAACUUUAAUGUUAAACAUCAUCUUAACUGAAAAUGAUUAGUUUAAGCAGUAUAUAUACCUGGUCAUUAUGUUCCCUAAAUGUAUGCAAACAGUGUCUUUGUGCUAAUUCCCAGACUUUAACUGUGUGAUCGGAACUGCUCGAUGCAAAUUGUUGUCCAUCUUGUGAAAAAGCUACGCCAAGUACCCAAGAGGCAUGCCCCGACAUUGUUCCUGCUAAAUUUGCAUCCUUGCUAUAAAUAAAAAAUAAAUUUGAAAGAAUAUUCAGUUGUUCCUGCUGGUGUUAAGAUUUUUUUACAAUGUAUAUAAUAAAUAAUAAAUUAUGUUUUACUCACA